AUGACGCGCGGUUGGAUCGCCUGCGCUGUUGCAUUCGCCAUACAGACAGCCUAUGCACAAACAUCAACCACCAAUUGCUCAGCAGCCGCAGCAUCCAUCGAAGCAUCUCCAAUCGCCAGCAUCCUCCGGCCGAUAGGAUUUGUUCCAGAGAACCUUGUCGAUGCUGCAGCGGUAGUACUAGCCGGUAUUGCAAACACCAACCAACAAGAAAUUAUCGGCGCUCUCAAUCAGACCGGCAUCGAUCCCCGAAAGAGUUGCAACCCAUCCGGCUACUACGACUACGGCCAUUCACCUCCAGUAUACCCAUCACCCGAGGGAAGUGGAGAUGGCUUAUGGGCGAAUGCAUAUGCUCAAGCCAGAGCUCUGGUAUCGCAGAUGACGGACGAGGAGAAGAACGCCAUUGUGACCCCAGCGAACGAUACUCAAGGCUGUUCUGGAUUCACGGGAAAUGUCUCGAGGCUUAACUUUCCCGGUAUCUGUCUGAAUGAUGCAUCGAGUGGCGUCCGUCUGAGCGAUACUGCAAAGGUGAAUGGAUAUCCUGCUGGCCUGUCUGUUGGUGCUAGCUGGGACAAAGGCUUAGCUUGGUGGCGAGCGAAUUAUAUCGGCAAGGAGUUCAAGGCGAAGGGUGUCAAUGUUGCUCUGGGUCCUGUUGUAGGUCCGCUGGGACGUGUUGCGAAGGGCGGAAGAAAUUGGGAGGGAUUCUCCAAUGAUCCUUACCUCGCAGGCGCUUUGGUGGAGCCUACUGUGCAAGGGCUGCAACUGUCUGUGGUAUCCUGUGUCAAGCAUUACAUCGGGAAUGAGCAGGAGACGAAUCGCAACCCUUUCCUGCAGGGGUUUCUUCUACCUUCCGGCAUCAACCUCAACAACUCAGUAUCGUCGAAUAUCGAUGAUCGCACGAUGCAUGAACUCUACCUGUGGCCCUUUUACGAUGCUGUCAAAGCUGGCGUUGGGUCGGUAAUGUGCUCGUACCAGCGGAUCAAUAACAGCUAUGGAUGCCAGAACAGUGCAACUCUCAAUGGAUUGCUCAAGACAGAGCUUGGGUUCGGAGGCUUCGUAGUCUCGGACUGGUACGCUCAACACACCGGCAUUGCGAGCGCCGAUGCAGGAAUGGAUAUGGUCAUGCCAUCUGGCCUAUACUGGGGCAACAACCAGCUUGCCACGGCAGUCAACAACGGAUCCAUGAAUGCAACUCGCCUGGAUGAUAUGGCUACACGUAUCCUGGCCGCAUGGUAUAGAUUUGCGCCAUUCACUGCUCCCGGGAUCAAAGCCAACAAUGCGACGGACGCCCGAGAGGCUGCAGCUAACCAGAUCCUCCUCCAGUCUGCCGUCGAGGGUCAUGUAUUGGUGAAGAACGAGAACAGUGCGCUACCGCUGAAGCAGCCUGCUGCUUUGUCGCUCUUUGGAUGGGAUGCAAUCAGCGGGUCGAAUACCUCAGCAUCACAGCCGGAUCUGUACCCUGUGAGCCUGGCCAAUACACAACAGUACAUCAACGGCGAUCCGUUCGGAGGUCUGCAGUACCUCAUGUCUGCUGCGUCUUUUAUGCCAGCUGGAAGCUCUAUACCUGAGAUUGCGUUCAAUGGCACAAUCAUUAGUGGAGGUGGAUCUGGAGGAAUUGCUCCUGCGUCGAUGGUCUCGCCCUUCGAUGCGAUCAAGCGACAGACAGAUAUCGAUGGCACGAUCCUGUAUACCGACUUCGUAACGCAGGAUCCCGUGGUACAGGACAGCGACGCAUGCUUGGUGCUCAUUAACGCGCAGUCUGCCGAGACAGCUGAUCGCAGUAGAUUGGCUGAUGAAUACUCCGACACUCUGGUCACCAACGUUGCGUCGAAAUGCAGCAACACGAUUGUCGUCAUCCACAAUGCCGGCAUUCGUCUGGUAGACCGUUGGAUCGACCACUCAAACAUUACAGCAGCCAUCUAUGCACAUCUCCCAGGUCAAGCUUCCGGCGACGCACUUGUCGAGAUUCUAUAUGGCCGCCAAUCUCCCUCCGGCCGUCUCCCGUACACCGUAGCUAAGCAGGAAGCUGACUAUGGCACUCUACUGAAUGCGACCCUUCCCGAUGCGCAGAACCCUCAGUACUCGCAGUCGAACUUUACGGAAGGUGUUCACAUCGACUACCGAGAUUUUAUCAAGCGUGAUAUCGUCCCACGCUUUGCUUUUGGGUACGGCUUGACGUAUACCACGUUCACAUACUCGAACCUCAGCGUCGCGCUUAACGAUGCUGUCAACUGCUCUCUGGCCCCUCCGGACGCUGGGUCCAAGACGUCUGAGGGUGGCCUCGCGAGCUUAUAUGAUUAUGUUGCGGCUGCGAGCAUUACUGUGACCAACACUGGUGAUGUGGCCGCGGCAGAGGUGGCACAGCUGUAUCUAGGGAUCCCGAACAGCGGUGUCGCGAAAGCACUGAGAGGGUUCGAGAAGCAUUGGAUUCAGCCCGGUGGGUCUGCGAGUUAUAGCUUUCCGCUGAGGAGACGGGAUCUAAGUGUGUGGGAUACGGAGAGGCAGAUGUGGAUGAUGCAGGAAGGUGAGUAUAAGGUGUAUGUGGGGAAGAGUGUGUUGGAUAAUUGUUUGACGAGCAAGUUUAGCCUGCAGACCAGGGCUUUGUAA